UUUUAUUUUUUGGGGGUGGGAUUUUUUUUGCCGUGCCGGAUGCCGGGAUGCCUGGGUCUCCUCUCGUGAUUCUGUUCUUGGUCUUACUGGGUGUGCUGACAACAUGCGCCCAAACAGAGAUGAAGAGGGUUGUUGGAGACAAUGCCACGCUGCCCUGCCACCAUCAGUUCUGGGUGGGUGAUGCCCCGACGCUGGACAUUGAGUGGCUGUUCCUCAAGCCCACCAACAGGCAGAGAGUGGUGAUCACCUACUUUGCUGGCAAGGUGUACGACCCCAACGAGGCAGAACGAGGCCGGGUGGCUUUUGCAGGGGAGUAUUUGAAGGGCGACGCCUCUCUGCUCAUUCGUGACUUGACGCUGACGGACUCAGGAGAGUACAGCUGCAAAGUCAAGAAUGACGGAAAAUACCACUGGAGCACCAUCAGCCUCAUAGUGCUGGUGAAGCCGUCCAAGCCGCGGUGCUGGAUGGAGGGAAAACUGUUGGAGGGUGGCGAUGUGAAGAUGAGCUGCAAGUCCGCCGAUGGCUCUGAUCCCAUCCACUACAAAUGGGAAAGGGUACUGGACAAGGGCAAAUAUAUUGGAAAACUGCCUCCGCUAGCCCUUAUAGAUUUGAAAAACCCAGAGAUUGUGACACUGAAGAACCUGACCAAGGACAGCGCCGGAGUCUACAGAUGCACCGCCAGUAAUGAUGUGGGAGAGGAGAGCUGCACGGUGGAGGUCAAGAUGCACUAUGUAAGGGGCAUGGGUGUGGUAGCAGGGGCAGUGGUCGGUGUGUCCUUCGGCGUCCUGCUCAUCAUCCUCAUCCUCUGGUUGGUGUUCCGCAAAAAGGAGAUGAAAAAAUACGAAGAGGAGGAGGUUCCCAACGAAAUCAGAGAGGAUGCAGAGGCCCCGAAGGCCAAGCUGGUGAAGCCCAACUCCCUGUCCUCGUCCCGCUCUGGCAGCUCUCGCUCGGGCACGUCCUCCACCCAGUCCAUGGUGCACAACAUGGCACCCCGGGGCCAGCGAGCAUGUGUUCCCGCUGUGGCGGCCCUCAAGGAGAACUGCCAAGCCCCUGCUUUUUCUCAAUCCCCCCCUGCCUACACCCAGAGCGUCCCCAAGACCCCUGAACCACGUACAACCCCCACCUCCACGUCUACCUCCAACUCUAAGCCCAGCCCUCCCCCCAAACUGAGCCCCGGGAACCUGGCCCGCAUGGGGGCCACCCCUGUUAUGAUCCCUGCCCAAACCAAGGCCUUCCAGACUGUGUAG